AACAUUUCCGGUAACUUUAAUUCGCAAAGUCUGAUUGUCAAAGUAACGAAUCCUCAAAACAUCAUUAUAAUUCCUCGGUUCGUCAGGUAUGAACCGUAUAUUUAUAUUGUAAACUGAUCCAGGAGUCAACCACGUUGUCUGCAAUAAACUCGCACGCAUCAAUAUUUUGUACAAUAGCAAUUUCAAUGACGGAAUCUGUUCUUUCACCUGAGUGGUAAUUCCAAACCGGAAGUAACGAGUUUCCAUUGACAACGGUUGAAUUGGACAUGGCUUCGAGAAAUAAUUUGUGACUUUAAUUAUCUUUUCCUGAGGUUUCAGGUUGUCGAAACUAAAAUCGAAGCUUAAACUUGACGGUGAUACAUUUAGGAUGACGUUUUUCGAAUCAUUUUUGACAGUUCCUUUUUUUCUCACACAUUGAGACCAAGCAGUCACCCUAUCAUCCAUUCCUGGAGUAAUGUUAAUGAACUAUAAUACUGUUGACUCAGAAUUGACAUAGGACGUUUUUUUAUUUACUUUUCAAACAUAACAGGAAACAGAUGAAAGAUAAAAUUUAUCACUUCACGUGAUUAUAUUUUCUCGGGAAACAUUGAGUUCAGCAUAGGGAACUCAUCCUCGGUGAACUCAGUCUCAAUUUGAAAGUUUCGACGAACGUUCGUGAUGAAAUUUAAUUAUUUGUUGUAUAAAAUCGAGGUUUUUAAGGAUAUUAUAGGAAAGUAAAGGAGUGCUUUUAAUUUUCGCGCGAUAGCGGUACAUGAUGUAUGUUAUAUUCAUCUGUUUACAAGCCUCGAGAACUUGACAGAAACAAAGAUGGAGUGCACCAUAAGAAGGUAGCUGUUACUGGUUAGAUCGGAGGUGAUCGUAUGCUUCGAACAGAAUUGUCGGCAGAAAGAAAUGAAAGUAACAUACCCGACCGUACGUGUUGGAGUAUGACUCACACACUACCAUGUUAGUUUUUUACGGUCCUGUAACUGUGUUUUUUAUAAAUACUUCCGUAUUUGUAUAAAUUGAGAAGUUGGUCAAUCAUGAACGUGCAAAAUUUAAAUAAUGGGCCUCCGUUACUGCGAGCUAUAUUUUCCGGAGCUGCAGACAUACUUGUAGAUUUACUAUUUAAUGGUGCUGAUGCCACUUGGGAGGACUCAGAACAACGGACUCUUUUGCAUGCAGCUGCAUAUAUGGGGAAUUCUGCAAUUGUACAAAUGCUUCUGUUGUAUGGAGCUAAUGCGAAUGCAAAGGAUAAAGAAUGGUUGACUCCAUUGCAUAGGGCCUGUUGCUCAGGACAUCAUGAUGUAGUAGACCUUUUAUUACAGUACAAAGCUGAUGCCACUUUUAGGAAUCAGAGUAGGCAAACUCUUUUACACGUAGCAGCAGCAAAUAAUGCUGUGAAAUGCGCAGAAUUGCUAGUUCCAUACAUAGAUGUUAAUACGACAGACAAAAGUGGUAGAACAAGCUUGCAUUAUGCAGCUUACAAUGGACAUCUUGAAAUGACAAAGUAUUUGAUUCGAAUUGGCUGUGGAGUCGAUGUAAUGGGGAACCGUAGUGCUUUACAUUUUGCAGCAUUUAGAGGGCAUGAUAGUAUUGUGAAGGCACUUAUAGAAGGGAAAGCAGAUGUCAAUGUCGAAGACCGAGAUUUAUAUACUCCGUUACACGCGGCCGCAGCUUCUGGUAGUGUAGGGUGUAUGCAAAUAUUGAUAGAAAAUGGGGCCGAUAUCGAAGCUGCAAACCGGAACGCAAAUACACCACUUCAUAUUGCGUGUUUAAAUGGCCAUGCUGAUGCAGUGAAAGUAUUAAUUUCUUACGGAGCAAACAUUGAGACUGUGAAUAACCGACGGCAAACUCCUUUACACGUUGCCGCUGCCAGUCCCUAUAGUGUUCACUGUUUAGAAGUACUUUUACAAGCCGGUGCAAAGAUCAACGUCCGGUCAAAAGAUGGGCACACGCCUUUACAUGUAACCGCAAUUCAUGGGAGAUUCACAAGAUCAAAAAGUUUACUUGAUGCUGGAGCCGUAGCAGAUAAAAAGGAUAAAAUGAAAAAUACUGCCUUGCAUAUAGCUGCUUGGUUUGGUCACGAAUGUUUAACGACAACUUUGCUAGAAUACGGUGCAUCUCCAGCAGUGCGCAAUGCUGAACUACGUACACCGCUGCACCUGAGUUGUCUAACAGGACAUAUUGAGGUGUGUAGGAAAUUGUUACAAGCCGACAGCCAACGUAUAGAUACCAAAGAUGUUGGUGGUAAAACACCAUUGCAUUUAGCAGCAUUUAAAGGAUCCGUCGAUUGUUUAGAUUUAUUAUUGUCUAACGGAGCUAAUUUUCGGUUAACCGAUAACGAUAUUAGGUUGGCGCUUCAUUAUGCUGCUAGUCAGGGACAUUAUUUUUGUGUUUUCACUUUGGUUGGUUUUGGAAGUGAUUCUAAUGCGCAAGACAUCGACGGUGCCACCCCUUUGCAUUUAGCGGCAGCGUCGAAAUCAACAGACACUGGUGCUCAGUGCGUCCAGUAUUUGCUAAGACAUAGAGCAGAUCCACACUUACGCGACAAACGUGGUUUUACCGCAAUUCACUAUGCUGUGGCUGGAGGAAAUCAACCAGCUUUAGAAGCACUUUUGGAAGCAUGUCCGCAAUUGGAGGCGUCUAAUUGCACGGAAGAACAAGAACCAGCAUUAACACCAUUACACCUUGCCGCGUAUUAUGGGCAUAGUCAAAUAUUGAGUCUAUUGUUACCAUUAUUUCCGAAUACUAAUAUUAAGGAAGACACUGGUAAUACCCCUUUACAUUUAGCUUCUUGUAAAGGUCAUCAAAAAUGCGUUGAACUAUUGUUAAAUCACGGAGCUUUUGUAUCUGUCCAAGACUCUAUUGGAAAACGUACUCCGAUACACUAUGCAGCCGCGGCAGGGCACCAUGCUUGUCUGAUUUUGCUUCUCGAAAACACAAAGGACCCAAGCGUAGUCAAUUGCUACGACGCAAAGCAGCGUACUGCUUUAACGUUGGCAGUGGCGAACAGUAAUACAGAGUGUGUCAUUUCACUUUUGAAAUAUAAAGCUGAUUGUAAUUUGCCAGACAUAAAUAAACACACGCCAUUGUUUCGAGCAGUGCUUACCGAAAACGUUCACCAGCUAGUCAAGUUGUUACUCUCUCAUGGCGCGAAGGUUUUAAUAAAAGAUACAUACGGUAAAACGCCACUGCAUUUAGCCGGCGCUUACGGAAAAGUGGAAGCACUAGCUGCACUGGUUCGUGCAGAACCUAAUGCACUCGUCGUGACAGAUGAUCAAGGUUGCACAGCUCUUCAUUGGGCGUGUUACACUGGAAAUUCCAAUUGCGUCACAUUUAUGCUAAGACAAAGAUUUAUCACUUCUUUAGAUAUAUUAUUAGAAGGCGGUUCAUUUUCUGCUGCCCAUUGCGCUGUGUAUCAGGGAUCAGUCGAUUGUUUGAAGUUGUUAAUUCAUAAAUUUGGAGGGAAAACUAUUGCCGCGCUCAGAGAUAGUCCGGGUGAUCGCCUGCCUUUACAUGUAGCAGCCAGUUCAGGAACAUUAGAAUGUGCCAGAUUAAUUUUGAAUUCUGUUGGCCCAGAAUUAGCUGGAUUAGAGGCUACAGAUUCUCUAGGGCGAACACCACUUCUUUGUGCUGCCAUUACUGGUCAAUACAAAGUCAUUCAAUUAUUAUUGGAACGGAAGGCUGAUGUAAGUGCGGUCGAUAGUAAUAAAAAUACGGCGCUGCAUUUAGCUUGUCAAAGGUGUCAAUGUGCUGCUUCGAUUUUAUUAAAUUGGAUAGAUUCGAUUCAUUCCAACGAGGAAAAUGAAUCGCAAGGGGAACAGAAACGAAUAGCGGUUAUUAAUAUGGCCAACAAGCAACAGAGGACACCGUUGCAUUUAGCAGCUAGAAAUGGAUUUGUGAAAGUAACAAAACGUUUAUUGCAACUAGGAGCAAGUGUCGUAGCGGUGGAUGCUGAGGGUCUUACUCCUGCACUAGCCUGUGCCCCAAAUCGUGCUGUGGCGCAUUGUCUGGCAACUAUACUUGCUGCUCACAGUCAACAUUUGGAAACUGUGCAACACUUGCCAACCAUUCAGCAGCUAUCAGAAGAACUAUGCGACGAUAUAAAGAAGGCAUCUGAAGAGAAUGCGGGUUUAAUCGAGGAGAGUGAAAGGACAGACACCACUCCUCUCACGAAUUCUCAGCAUUAAUAUGCUGUUGGUUCAUACGGUUAGACGAUAAUCAAAACCAUAAAGAAAGCGUACAGCGAAGACUUCAUUUGCCGUUAAUUAAUUAACCGUUCGCGACCAUAAAGAAUCGACUCGCAUCCGGUUAAAUUAUUUCACGGCUGCGACACUUCCAGAACGUUGCGCACAACGGGACGCCACGUGCUCAAAAAAAGACAACCGCGCAUCAUUAAGUAUACACAAACCUCGAACCUCGAUUUUUAACAAUAAUCUCUCGACCGUGAAGGACUUUUAUGAACACAGCCACAUUUUUAAUAGAAGAUAAUUUGCCAUUUUUUCAUUUGCCAUUCAAUGGUGGUUGACUGCCGCUCAAACAUUUAUACGUAACACUGUAAAAUAACUCUUAACUCAACCGUUGUAAAUAUGACCCAGUACACUGAGUAACGGAAACGAAGACAGAGUUUUUAUUCAGCAUCUCAGCAAUCAAGACAUCGCGAUGGAAAGCGGCUCCAGCGCAUAUCAUUUUUAUGCUGUCCGUAUACACCGAUUUUGUAUGUAAUCUAUGCGAAACGCGCGUGAACUCAGAUACUUUAUUUUUCUCUGAAAGAUAGAAUUAACCAGUAACCACUGUACAUAUUAAUAAAUAUUUUUUAAUACCGUAACCAUAUAUUAACACGAGUUCCAGAGAAAAUUUAAUAUUGUACCACAUCGAAAUCGCUGUAUAACUUAAGUGCUACUGGCAGUAUCAUGCAUCUUAUACUACAUACAUGACCAUUUGUAAUCAAUA